CUGGGGGAAGGGGCGUGUGCCAGCGCACGCGCGCUCCGGGGAAGGAGCGGUCUCAGUGCCAGAAAGUGAGGCCCCAGUUUCUCGGAAGCAAGUACCAGACAGCAGCAGCCAGAAGCGAGAGGCUGGUGCCAGACGGCGCCGAGUCGAGGAAGAGGGCGCGAUGGCUGCUCUGCUGCUGCUGCCCCUGCUGCUGCUGCUGCCGCUGCUGCUGCACUUCUGGCCACAGUGGCGCUGGUGGGCGGCAGACUUGGCCUUCGCGGUUCGCGCCCUACGAUGCAAACGCGCGCUCGGAGCACGCGCCCUGGCCGCGGCCGCCGGCGACCCGCAGAGCCCCGAGGGAGGCUGCAGCCUGGCCUGGCGCCUCGCACAGCUGGCUCGCCAGCGCCCGGCGCACACCUUCCUCAUCCACGGCGCGCGGCGCUUCAGCUACGCGGAGGCCGAGCGCCAGAGCAACCGGGCGGCGCGCGCCUUCUUGCGCGCGCGGGGCUGGGAAGAGGGCCCCCGCGGCGGCGAUUCGGGGGGCGCCCGGGAAGGCGAGGGGGCAGCCGGAAGCCAGGAGGCGCGGGCUGCGAGGGAAGGGGAUGGCGCGGCACCACUGGCACCUGGGGCCACCGUGGCGCUGCUCCUCCCUGCCGGCCCGGAGUUCUUGUGGCUCUGGUUCGGGCUGGCCAAGGCCGGCCUGCGCACGGCCUUCGUGCCCACCGCCCUGCGCCGGGGCCCCCUGCUGCACUGCCUCCGCAGCUGCGGCGCGAGCGCGCUGGUCCUGGCGCCAGAGUUCCUGGAGUCCCUGGAGCCUGACCUGCCGGCCCUGAGAGCCAUGGGGCUCCGCCUGUGGGCUGCAGGCCCUGAAGCUCAUUCCGCUGGCAUUCGCGAUCUGCUGGCUGAGGUCUCCGCUGAAGUGGACGCACCGGUGCCCGGAUACUUAUCUGCCCCCCAGAGCAUAAUGGACACGUGCCUGUACAUCUUCACCUCUGGUACUACCGGCCUCCCCAAGGCUGCUCGGAUCAGUCACCUGAAGGUCCUGCAGUGCCAGGGUUUCUACCAGCUGUGCGGUGCCCACCAGGAGGAUGUGAUCUACCUGGCCCUCCCACUCUACCACAUGUCCGGCUCCCUGCUGGGCAUCGUGGGCUGCUUGGGCAUUGGGGCCACAGUGGUACUGAAGUCCAAGUUCUCAGCUGGUCAGUUCUGGGAGGACUGCCAGAAGCACAGGGUGACGGUGUUCCAGUACAUCGGGGAAUUAUGCCGAUAUCUCGUCAACCAGCCCCCGAACCAGGCAGAACGUGGACACCAGGUCCGGCUGGCGGUGGGCAGUGGGCUGCGCCCGGACACCUGGGAGCGUUUCGUGCGGCGCUUCGGGCCCCUGCAGGUGCUGGAGACGUACGGACUGACGGAGGGCAACGUGGCCACGUUCAACUACACCGGCCGGCGGGGCGCCGUGGGCCGAGCCUCCUGGCUUUACAAGCAUGUCUUCCCCUUCUCUUUGAUUCGCUAUGAUGUCACCACAGGGGAGCCAUUUCGGGACACGCGGGGGCACUGUGUGGCCACAUCUGCAGGUGAGCCAGGGCUGCUGGUGGCCCCGGUGAGCCAGCAGUCUCCGUUCCUGGGCUACGCCGGGAAGCCAGAGCUGGCCCAGGGGAAACUGCUCAAGGACGUCUUCCGGCCGGGGGACCUUUUCUUCAACACCGGGGACCUGUUGGUCUGCGAUGACCAAGGCUUUCUCCGCUUCCAUGAUCGUACUGGGGACACCUUCAGGUGGAAGGGGGAGAAUGUGGCCACGACCGAGGUGGCGGAGGCCUUGGAGGCCCUGGAUUUCCUCCAGGAGGUGAACGUCUAUGGAGUCACCGUGCCAGGGCACGAAGGCAGGGCUGGAAUGGCGGCCCUGGUUCUGCGUCCCCCCCACCCACUGGACCUCGGGCAGCUCUACGCCUAUGUUUCUGAGCACUUGCCACCUUACGCCUGGCCCCGGUUCCUACGGCUCCAGGAGUCUCUGGCCACCACAGAGACCUUCAAGCAGCAAAAGGUUCGGAUGGCCAAGGAGGGCUUUGACCCGAGCGCCCUGCCCGACCCGCUCUACGUCCUGGACCAAGCGGGGGGCGCCUACCUGCCCCUCACACCCGCCCGGUACCAAGCCCUCCUGGCGGGCGACCUGCGGAUCUGAGUGCCCUCCCUGCCCGGCUGAGAGGGGCCUGUGGGGCGGGGCAUCGCAGGGGCUGCAGGGAUCUUUUCUACCCAGAUUUGUACUCUUUAUUUUGUAAUAAACGUGCCCAGAGCCAGCCUGGCUGUC